AUGAAAAUCCUCUGCGAAACUCAAGUCCAAAAUCGUCUUACCCAGGCCAAUAAAACACCCCGAAUGGUAAAGGCCACUCUGGCAGUGGGUUUCAAUACCACGGCAAAGGAUCACAAUGGCGAAAGUAAUAAAGAUUUGGAAAUCAUCCUGUUUACACCGCAGGAAAAGAAUGGUGUUCGCUACAAGGUGAAAAAUAACAUUGAGAAAAUGUUCACGAAAUUCCUGAAAGAUGGAAAGGCUACCAUCAGCUUCAAACAACCAGCUGAGAAUCUUAUGAUUAAAUGUGAUCCUAUCCAGCUGAAGGGAUUCUUACAAACUCUAAAGCUGGGCUUAGAGGGUAAGGAUUCUAUUAAUUUACGAAUGAAUAUUGCCUCAGCAACGGCAAUACCACAAAAGUCGCAACCACAGACGAAGAUGAACAUCACAAGUCGUGGAGAUUAUCCGACAAAAGGCUUCCCAAGGACUCUCAAGUCGUUGACCAUAACGGGCAUCAAGCUGUGUAAGGUCACCUAUGAUAUGUGUUCGCUGAGGAAUUUAACAACGCUGAAUUUGAGCUACAACACCAUUGAGAAGAUACCCAAUGAACUGGGACGUUUGGCCCUGGUCGAAUUGAAUUUAAGCAACAAUAAUUUGGGAGAUAAAAAUGCCUGGCAAUGGAUGAAGGGUAAAACCAUACAGGCUUCGCUAAAAGAUCUUGACUUAUCGGCAAAUAAAUUGGAAUAUUUUCCACCACCCCUUAUCAAAUAUGAAAAGCUAGUCACCUUAAAGUUGAACAAUAACCAACUGAUACGUCUGCCACAAGGUAUACGACGCAUGCGAAGUUUACGUUUUGUCCAUUUAUCCAUUAACAAAUUGGAAUCAUUACCGGCAGCAUUUAAUAUCAUCCCACUCGAAAUGUUAGAUGUUUGGGGUAAUAACUUUCAAGAACUUAAAGAAUAUGAUUUAGAUGUAAAGUCAUCAUCAUCGGGCCCCUCAUCAGGUGUACAAAAUUUAUACAAUUGUUCGCCGUUGUGGUUACAAGCUGCCCGUGUCGUCUGUCAACAUAAACUGCCUUAUUCUCCAGCUACAUUACCUUGGAUAUUGGUCGAUAUUCUGUCGGAAGCCCCAAAAUGUGCCUGUGGCAAAUUGUGUUAUGGUGAUGCCGUACUGGAGCGAGCCGCUAUGGCCACAUUUGAAAAUGUGAAAAAUUUGGUAUUCAGUCGAGAUCGUCUGAUAUAUGCUGAUAUUGUUCUGUGUGGUCCCCAGUGUGCAGGACGCAAACAAAUUUUGGCAACAUAGUGUUGGCCUUUGGCAUUUGUAGGCCAUGCUUUAGACUAUUUAAGAAUUUGAUU